UAUUAAUAAAAAUUUAACGUUUGUAAAGAACAGCAAUAGUCGUAAAAACGCACAUUGCACUAGCCUCGUUCUCAAUCUGCCUUUCCGUCUGCGGUCAUCAACAUGUCUCACCGCAAGUUUUCUGCUCCACGUCAUGGCUCCAAAGGUUUCCUCCCAAAGAAAAGGUCCAAGAGGCAUCGGGGCAAAGUCAAGGCAUUCCCAAAGGAUGAUAGGACUAAGCCAGUUCAUCUGACUGCUUUCAUUGCCUACAAGGCUGGCAUGACCCACGUUGUCCGUGAGGUCGACAGACCAGGAUCCAAGGUGAACAAGAAAGAGGUCGUUGAGGCCGUAACUAUUCUGGAGGCACCUCCCAUGGUCAUUGUUGGUGUCGUUGGCUACAUCGAAACUCCACGUGGCAUGCGUACAUUCAAGACCGUCUGGGCCGAGCAUCUGAGUGAAGAAUGCAAACGUCGUUUCUACAAGAACUGGUCGCGCUCCAAGAAGAAGGCAUUCACCAAGUACAUCAAGAAGUGGCAGGAUGACUCUGGCAAGAAGCAGAUCAACAGAGAUUUGAACAAGAUGAAGAAAUACUGCAAAGUGAUCCGCAUCAUUGCACACACCCAGACUAAACUGCUGCACAAGCGGCAGAAGAAGGCCCACAUCAUGGAGAUUCAGCUGAACGGCGGAUCGAUCUCGCAGAAGGUCGACUGGGCCAAGAACCACCUGGAGAAGAACUUCGCCGUCAAGCAGAUCUUCGAACAGGAUGAGCUGCUCGAUGUCAUCGGAGUCACUAAGGGACGUGGUGUCAAAGGUGUCACUAGCCGAUGGCAUGCAAAGAAACUGCCAAGGAAGACCCACAAAGGUCUGCGAAAGGUGGCCUGUAUUGGAGCCUGGCAUCCCAGUCGUGUGCAGUACUCUGUGGCUCGAGCCGGUCAGAAGGGCUACCAUCACCGCACGGAGAUCAACAAGAAGAUCUACCGCAUCGGCCAGGGCGUGCACACCAAGGACGGCAAGAUCAUCAAGAACAACGCCGCCACCGAGUUUGACCCGACCGAGAAGACGAUUACCCCCCUCGGAGGAUUCCCCCACUACGGGGAUGUGAGGAACGACUACGUCAUGCUGAAAGGCGCUGUGCCCGGACCCAAGAAACGGGUUCUUACACUGAGGAAGUCACUGCUUGCCUCCUUCAGACGUCGACACAUGGAGAAGAUCAACUUGAAGUUUAUCGACACUUCCAGCAAGUGGGGUCAUGGUCGCUUCCAGACCCACGACGAAAAGAGAACUUUCAUGGGUCCACUGAAGAAGGAAAUUAUGAAGAAAGAAGGAAUUGUGGCCUAGAAAUGGACUUUCAACAAAUAAAAUUACUGUUGAAAUAA